AUGUCGCAGAAAGGAGGAUCACAAGGUGCGCAGGAUAAUUCCGCAGGAAAACCGGAAACUAGUCAUGGCAGCUCAUCAACUGGCAAUAGCAAACGCGAUUGUCCUUGGUCUCAUAGUGCUAAUGCAACUGUUUCUAAUGAAAUCAAAUCAAAUGUUCUCGAUAAUGACUGGCCGUCUUUACAGGUUUUAAAUGAUGGAAAUGCUGCGCCUUUAACUAAUGGUGGUAAACCAACUGCAAAGGUUAAGCCUACUAAUCCUAAUUCCCAAGCCAUAACCACUGAAACUAACGAAACUAGGCGUCCGAGUUUUACUCGUCAAAAAAAUAGAUGGACCCCAGUUACCUUAGAUUAUACGUAUUCUAAGGAAAAUACUGGAGAUCGCAAGAUUGAUGUCGAUGGUAAAAAUUCAAGAAAUAGGGAAGCAACAACAUCCCGCAAUGUUGAGACUGAAACUGCAGGUACUUCUACGAAUUCAAAAUCUCGAAAUUACAUUCGUACUCCCAGAAAUCGAAGAGUUGCUAGAGGUGGAGGAGUUGCUCGACGUCCUGUGACGACAAAUUUAACUACUGCUAGUGUUUCCACUGAACAACCUUCUUCGGCAAAGUCUUAUCCGAAUGGACCGACUCGAAAGAAUGAAAGAGCUUACAGGAAUCAACCUUCACUUGUUCCUGUUACUCCAUUUUUGCCAUAUGCCGUACCUACACAGUCUGCUGCACAGCCACCACCUGCAUCUCAAUUUGGAUAUCCAGUGGUGAUGAUUUACACUAAUCCCGAAAAUUAUAUGGGUCUUGAUACAAGUGUGCCAUUUCUUCAUCCACCUGCAUCCGCACCCACAUCCAGUACUGCUGCUGGAGCCUCGGUGGAGUCAGUAGAUCAAUCCACAGUUUACCUUCACAAUAAUCCACAACAGCAGUCACAAAGCACAGGUAGCUUACCUGGUUGGUCCUACCCACGAACUAUAGAUGCUGCCAAAGCGAACGAGGCGGCUUCAACAAUUUCAGUUGGUCCCAGUUCUGCCCCGCUCUUUAUGCGACCCCACAGCGUCUUUCAAUUCAAUCCACCAUUGAUGUCCCCCCCAGCCCAUCCUCUUGGUGUUACUGCCGCCACUGACUUGCCCACUGCAAUUCAAAAUCAAGUGGAUUUCUAUUUCAGCGGUGAUAAUCUUGCUCGUGACACAUUCCUGCGCAAACACAUGGACAAAGAUGGUUGGGUUGAUCUCUCUGUUAUUGCCAACUUCAAUCGUAUGCGAAAUCUCACUAAUGAUUUGGACUACAUUGUCACUUCUCUUGCAACAAGCAAAGUGGUAGAAGUUGACGCUGAGCAGAAGCGGGUUAGGUGUCGAGAGAACCCAACUAUUUGGAUAAUUCAGAGCGCUCUGGCUGCUAGAGCAUCAAUAGAAUUGGCAGGCGACGAUGAGCGAAAGGAAUCGGCAAUUGAAAAGACCGCAGCAAAGCCCAAUCCAGAGGCUCUCGAGUUCAUUCCCACUGAUGAAGGCGAUCCACAUGAACAAAAGGCGAGUGCUUCUGGUGAUACUAAGCCGCAGCAGAAGAAAAAUGAAUUUGAACAACAGGCGGAAACUCACGCUGCAAAGUCAAGUGAUCAGAAGUCUGAUAAUGAGAAUGACUUGGAUGACGAUAUGUUGGCAAGUCUUUUCAUUGUCGCUUCGGAAAGGUCGUCCUUGCCAACUGCUCUACCUCACAGACGUCGUACGCGUCAGCUUUCACUGAGUGAUCCAUUACCCGAGGAGGGCGUGAUUAAAGAUGUUGAUGAUCAACUCCGUAAACUCGCUUUGGAUUAUGGUGGUUCUGAUCAGGUGGAGUCAAUUGAAAAUGAAACAACACCACAAGUUCCAGUCACGAUUAGCGCACCUGUCGCUGCUAUGGAUACAUCAUCAACGGGUCAGCAGCAGUCCUUCAUACCUGCUGUACCCUCGGUCCCCCCCUUUUUUAACUUCAUGCCGCCUAUGGUGGGACCAACUACUGGUCCUGGCCUUAUUCCUCCAUCUGCGGGUGCCUCCCCAUCACUUCUGGGCCAGAUACCAAAUGCGGCACCGAUGCUUCCUCAAGGAGCAACACUACUUCCCGCUGUCCUUGCCUACCCUACGGCCUUCCUUGCCCCUCCAAACAAUCAACAACAAAGUGCAUGCGGCGGCGCCCCAACCAGGGGCCCUAGAAUACCCCAACCGAAUGCCCCCAUGAUCUAUCCAUGUGAGUUUAUCCCCUCCCUUUAG